AGACCCUCUGUCUUGGACGUGAGCAAUUUGCUAUGCUCUGAAGAAGAAGAAGAAUACCAAUUCCCCGCUGCCACUACUACUACUACUACUACUACCACUACUACUACUACACCACUCAAGGCUAAACGCAAGCGAGCAACGCCAGCACAAUUACAGGUUUUGAACCGCGUAUUCAAUGAGACAUUCUUUCCAUCCACCGAGCACCGUAUUGAGUUGUGCAAACAACUUGGCAUGAGUCCGCGUACGGUGCAAAUCUGGUUCCAAAACAAGCGUCAAUCCAUCCGUACACGCGAUCGU